CUUACUAAAUUUACGUACUUUAUUUUCUAUAAAACAUUAAGUAUUAUAAAAGACCUAGUAUAUAUAUUUAUUAAAGUUAUAUUCUUAAAUUACGGUUUACUAAAAAAAAUAUUUUAA